UACCAAGGACGAUUGCUUCAAUGUUAAUAUUCAGCCACCUGUUGGAGAGCUGCUUUUACCUGUGGCCAUGUCAGAGAAAGAUUUUAAGAAAGAGCAAGGAAUGCUAACAGGAAUGAAUGAAACUUCUACUGUAAUCAUUGCUGCACCCCAGAAUUUCACUCCCUCUGUGAUCCUUCAAAAUGUUGUAAAUGUAGCCAAUGUAGGUGUAGUCCCUUCUGGCCAAGAUCACAUACACAGGUUUGCAGCUAAAACUGUGCACAGUGGGUCGUUGAUGCUAGUUACAGUGGAACUGAAGGAAGGCUCCACAGCACAGCUUAUCAUCAACACCGAGAAAACGGUGAUCGGUUCUGUUCUGCUGCGGGAGCUGAAGCCUGUCCUGUCCCAGGGGUAACCUGCUUACAUCUGGACUUCAGAAUCUGGCACACAACAAAAGUGCCUGGCAUCCACUACUGCUGCCUUUCAUUUAUAAUAAUAGCCCUUCCAUCUGGCAGUGGGGGAAGAAUACACUCUUGACAUUCUUGUCUCCUGCUUUAGAAUGCUAGUGUGUAUCUAUCAUGUAUGCAAUACUUUCCCCCUUUUCGCUUUGCUAACCAAAGAACAUAUAUUUUACUGUCAAUUUUCUCAACUCUUGAAUCUAUGUGGUGCUUUCUCUGUCCUGCUACUUCUUCCGGCCUUCUCCUCUGCCUUCUCUUUUUCCACAACGAUGGACGUGAAUUGGGUAUUUUAAGUUCGUUGGGAAUCAUCCUCCCUCCCACUGUAACCGAAAAUUAGCCGAGGAAUAGUCUAAGUGGCCUCUGAGCUUAGUGUGUGGAAAUGGGAAUAGCAUACUUUUUAGAAUCAGAUACAAAAACAGUAAGAUCUCUGCAAAAUUUUGUUCUGUGAAUUUCCUGGUAUUGUAAUUGGUUAUUUCUCAUCAUGAAAUCAUCUCUGAAUAAUAAACUAGCAUAUGAAUAA